UAAACGCGGCAGCACCACCAGAAGCGGCCAGAGGCUUCUAGAAGCAGCGUGUUGCGGACACUCACCGGCACACGGAGCCGCUCUCUCCGCACACUUCACCGCUUUGUGUUUUUUUUUUUUCGUUUAUCCGGCUCACAAAAUGGCCAAGUGGGGAGAAGGAGACCCUCGCUGGAUCGUGGAGGAGAGAGCGGACGCCACUAAUGUCAACAACUGGCACUGGACUGAACGAGACGCAACAAACUGGUCGUCGGAUAAAUUAAAAUCUUUGCUCCUCGGGCUGAACGUGGAGAACGAGGAGGGGACGUGCGAGGUGACAGAAGUCAGCAAAGUGGAAGGAGAGGCAUCGAUUAACAACCGCAAAGGGAAACUUAUCUUCUUUUAUGAGUGGAACCUGAAAGCUACUUGGACCGGAAAGUCAAAAGCAGGAGUGAAAUAUAAAGGAACCAUUGAAGUUCCAAACCUGUCUGACGAAAACGACAUGGAGGAUCUUGAUAUUUCCGUAUCGUUGAACAAAGACGAACCCGACACGCCGUUGACCAACCUGAUGAAGACGAAAGGAGCCGAGAAAAUCCGCGAAGCGCUGGGAAGUUACGUCGGGUUCCUGAAAACAGAGUUCACACAGGGAAUGAUCCUCCCGACAGCCAACGGCGUGGCCAAGCUGCAGUCCUCAUCGCAGUCCAAAGCUAAGGUGGACAGAACUCAGAUUUCCUCCUCGGGCGGCUCGUCUGCUCCCAUCAACGCCGGCGUUAAGAUCCCCACCUGUAAGUUCAGCAUGAGGGAAACGUUCCUCACCUCGCCGCCGGAGCUCUACAGGGUUUUCCUCAACCAGGAGAUGGUUCAGGCGUUCACACACGGUGCGGCCACAGUGGACGGAGAACGAGGAGGAAAGUUCCGUCUGCUAGAAGGGAACGUUUUCGGUGAAUUCACAGAGCUGAUCCCCGAUGAGAAAAUAGUCAUGAAGUGGAGGUAUAACACCUGGCCCUGUGAGCAUUACGCGACGAUCACGCUGUCCUUCUUGGACCGGAGCAGCGAGACGGAGCUGAAGGUGGAGUGUCGAGGCGUCCCGGACAGCGAGGAGGAGCAGACCAGGGAGGGCUGGAAGAGAUACUACUUCGGCGCCAUCAAACAGACUUUUGGCUUCGGAGCGCGACUCUUCUGAAGACGGUUUCCUGGUUUUUUAAACCUUUCCUCCUUCCAUCUUUCUUUUUGUUUUUGUUUUUCUGGCACUUAAAAUGUUGUUAGACUCACGAAAGAGACGAGAACCGGCGAGGCAUCCAGCGCCUCCUGGUCUGUGUAAAUGUUUUAAUUUGUGAGCGUAUUUAAAUCUAGAUUUGCCCCUCCGUCUCUCUCUCUUCAGUAUUUGUUGUUCAAAGGAGCUGGUGGACUGUGCCUUUGGAACAAAAGAAGAAUCUACUGAACCACUAAACGCAGAAUCGGCUUCUAUAAAUAUGUAAUUAUUGCAAGAGAUGAAUGAAUUAAUGUCGAGAAUUGUCAUUUUUUUUCCUUUUAUUCGAAGAGAAAAAGGAACGUGUUGUUUUGAAGAUGAAUGUUUAUUUUGUACUCAUUUUACUCGAGUGUUUCCAUGGUGACGACGCUUUUUUCAGCCCAGAUGCAUGUUUGGUUUCGGAGGAUCCUCAGCAGUACUGUAACGUUUUUAUCCGUUCUCACUUGAUUUCCAUCACGAAGCCGGCGGCGUCUUUUCUCGGACCUACGGCGGAAACGUUUCCUCACGCAGGUCGCAGCGUAGCAACUGAAGAGACGUUCUGCUUCAUUUGGCUUCAAAGUGUACAUUUCCAGUAAAAGAAAAAGCUCUCAGAAUAAAAAAAAAAGCACCUAUUUAUUCCUCAUUUCACCCCACCGCCGUGUAAAAAGAUUAGUUUCUUGGAAUAAAAUCGAUCCCUGUACGCUC